UACUCAAGAAACACCACCAAACCUCCACUGCUAUGCCUACUCCCCUCGCGUGGUGGACUACUCGUGUAUGACAGCUGGUCCCAGGACUCCGAUCCUACAUCACGACAGUGUGGUGGAAAUGACUUCAUUCCAGUACCGUAUCUUUCCUGUCGAGUGGGCGUCCAGUGUGGCUGGGACUGUGUGGUCAGUGGUGAGGCAGAUCUGGCAUACCCUUCUCGUGACGUCGCGUGA